GUGCGCUUGCCUCAGCAUGCCAUGGAUGCUGAGGAUUCCGGUUCGUUUCAGGACUUCCAUGUUCGGAAUCCUAUCCUCUUUCAGUAUUCAGCAGAGGCAGCUGAGAUGGAAGUGAUUCAACUUCCACACUUGGUUGGACUAGAGGGUCCAGGUCUCGGCUCCAAACGGGAAUGA